AUGCUCCCGCUGCUCCUCCUGCUCCUGGGGUCGGCCCACGGCCUGGAAAAGCUCGAUUACACCCCGACCCUGGCCAGAUCCACCCUGGGGGGCCUGACGACCACCUCCACCUUCGUGCUGGAGCAGCCCCGCUGCAUCUUCACCAAUGUGGAAGACAACAUCGUCAUCUGGCUGGUGGUGGCUGUCCCCGAAGCCAUAGACAACUUCAACAACAGCGUGGGACCGGGGACCCCCAAGCGCGCCUUCCAGCGCUUCCCCACCAGCGCCCCUGCCUACAUGACCCUCAACACCACCCGCAUCAACUACCCCUGCACCAACACCUCCGGGGCGAUCACGGUGCUGCGGGUCGGCAGCGAGACCAGCUGCACCAGGGAUGAGUCGAGACCCACCUGCAACGGCCCCCUGCCCGGCCCCGGGCCGUACCGGGUGAAGUUCCUCGCCCUGGAAGGCUCCAAGCCUGUGGCUGAGACAAACUGGUCGGCACCCAUCCCCCUGAGGACAGCCCAGCAGCCCAGCAGCAUUCCCGUGACGGGCAGUGGGCACAGCGCCGGCAUGAUCGCCCUCACCACCAUCCUCUCCAUCCUCUUUGCCAUCCUGCUGGCUGGCCUGGUGGCCAUGCUGGUCUUCAGGGGCUCGGACACCUGUGGCAGCAGCGGCAGCACCUUCAGCAAGCCGGAGGCGGUGACGGUGGGGAGGUACAACACCCACCAUGUCUACGACCAGCCAUCUGCCCGGCUCUGA